AUGGAGGCCCCGCGUGUCCCCGAGCGGACCGUGCUCUUCCAGCGCGAGAGGAGCGGCCUGACCUACCGCGUACCCGCGCUGCUGCCCGUGCCCCCCGCGCCCACCCUGCUGGCCUUCGCGGAGCAGCGGCUCAGCCCCGACGAUGCCCACGCCCACCGCCUGGUGCAGAGGAGCGGCACGCUGGCCGGGGGCUCCGUGCGGUGGGGCGCCGCGCACGUGCUGGGGACCGCGGCCUUGGAGGAGCACCGGUCCAUGAACCCCUGCCCGGUGCACGACGCCCGCACGGCUACCAUCUUUCUCUUCUUCAUCGCGGUGCGGGGCCGCACACCCGAGGCCACGCAGAUCGCCACGGGCAGGAACGCCGCGCGCCUCUGCUGCGUGACCAGCCGAGACGCGGGGCGCAGCUGGGACGCCGCCAGGGACCUCACUGAGGAGGCGGUGGGCAGCGCCGAGCAGGACUGGGCCACGUUCGCUGUUGGCCCGGGCCAUGGCAUCCAGCUGCGCUCAGGCCGUCUGCUGGUGCCAGCCUACGCGUACCGCGUGGACCGGCGGGAGUGCUUCGGCAAGAUCUGCAGGACCAGCCCCCAUGCCUUCACCUUCUACAGCGACGACCAUGGUCGCACCUGGCACCGUGGAGGCCUUGUGCCCAACCUGCGCUCGGGCGAGUGCCAGCUGGCUGCGGUGGAUGGCCAGCAGGCUGGCAGCAUCCUCUACUGCAAUGCCCGGAGCCCCCUGGGCCGCCGCGUGCAGGCGCUUAGCGCAGAUGAGGGCGCCUCCUUCCUGCCUGGGGAGCUCGUGCCGGCGCUGGCUGAGACGGCCCGGGGCUGCCAGGGCAGCAUCCUGGGCUUCCCUGCCCCACUCUCCGGCAGGCCCAGGGGUGAGGGAUGGUCGGCAGGUGCCAGGAACCACCCCGAGUCCCCACGCCUCUGUCCUGGAGUCCAGCAACCCUCAGAGGAGGGUACUGCAGACACCCAAGGGGACCAGGGGCUUGGCAGGAUGGAGGGGUGGAAGGACAGCCCUGAGGAGCCCGGCCCGGAGCCUGGGCUCAGUGAGACCAGGGACGCCUGGGCUCCGAGUCUCCCUGGGCCCCCUGCCACCCUGUCUCAGAGCCCCACCUGGCUGCUGUAUUCCCACCCGGCGGGGCGCAGGGCUCGACUCCACAUGGGAAUCCACCUGAGCCAGUCCCCCCUGGACCCCUACAGCUGGACAGAGCCCUGGGUGAUCUAUGAGGGCCCCAGCGGCUACUCUGACCUGGCAUCCAUCGGGCCCACCCUCAAGGGAGCCCUGACCUUUGCUUGUCUGUAUGAGAGUGGGGCCAGGGUCUCCUACGAGGAGAUCUCCUUCUGCAUGUUCUCCCUUGCUGAGGUCCUGCAGAACGUGCCGGGGCCUGCGCCGCCCAGCCGCCGGGGCAAGCCUCGGGAGCGCUGCCGGCCUUCCCGAUGGGCUCUCUGGCCAGACCCAUUUGUAUGUCCCUAA